AUGCAGCGCUCCAUCCGCAUGCGAAAGUACUACAAGACCAUUUUUCUCGGUUUAGUGGAUAUUGCUAUGGUAAAUGCUUUCAUCAUUCACAAGAUCGCCCUGCGUCGUCUCAACAAACCCGUUCCCACGCAUGCCGUGUUCAUGCGGCGACUACACCUCGUGACCAAGCCACUUCCUCGAAGCGCACACACGCUCGAGAAGACGGAAGAGAAAAACGGAAACAAGCGCCGCCAGUGGCUCUGGAAGGUCUGCUCAGCGUACGCGGGUCCUGGCGUCCGCAACUUCGAAACGAGCUAUUUUUGCGCGACAUGCUCAAGAGUCAAGAAGGGGCGCGUUACUCUAUGCAAUAAGGCUCGCCGACUAGACCACGGUAGCGCUCUCACCUGCAACGAAGUAUGGCACCAGAGCUAG